ACGACAAUCCAUCGACGACUAAGAUAAUGAUGUUGUUAUCGUUUGUCCAUCUAGGUGUUUAAAAUGGCAGGUUGGCGGUGAACUCGUCUCAUCUCCCUGGAGACGGCAACAUUACAAGCGCAAGGACUUCCAGCGGCGAGCAAUCCCGAUCAAAGUCGUCAUGCAGUGCCGAAAUUUUUCGAAACGCCGAAUACAAUGAUCCUGAGUCGUCGAGAUGGCAUCAUCGCUGGUGUCGUCACCUUCAUUGCUUGGGGAUACACGGUUCACUGGGCUCCAACACUUCGCUGGACUCCGCAUGCUUUCGUCGCUGGCUUCGCUCUAGCAAUCGGCGGAUUUAUCGCGAUAAUUCUGCUCACCUCGAGAGGAAUAUCAUAUCCGCGGAAAAUCUCGAGGUACAGGACGACCCAUGUCGCGUUCGUCACUUCAAAACUAUGGGCGGCAGAAGUGGCAGCGUUGAAGCUCAGAUCCGCGUACAAACGAAAACCCUUAUAUCCAUCAUCCUUUGUGAUAUCCGAUGGGAUUGACAGCCUAUUGGAUCUGGUACUGCGCGACUUCGUCACCUCCUGGUAUGGGAGUAUCAGCAAGGAUCCCUCUUUUAUAAAUGAAGUGGACCGCGCCACAUGUGCUGCUUUGGUAAACAUCAGGGAUAGACUCUUCUCCAUAGAUCUUGUCGAGGUCGCUAUCUCGCGGUUCGUGCCGAUUAUAACGGCGCAUUUCAAGGAUUUUUGUGAAGCGGAGCGUACUGUACGAGGCAAAUAUCUCAAUCGGAAUGUGACAGAGUCUGAAGAGCUUGAUCUAGCAAUAGCUGCCAGGUAUCGAAAUGGCAAUCUUCACCCGGCAGCAACUCUCUUGUUUUCAAAUACGCAGCUGGCACAACAACAACACUUGCGAAAAGUCGUCGAGACAAUCUUACCACAAGUGAUGCCAGAAGAAAUGAUUCGAAGUCGUUCUGUAUUCGUACUGAUCAGGGAAAUUGUCGCGUGCGCACUGCUGCUUCCAAUCAUGCAAAUGCUGUCGGAGCCAGAUACUUGGAAUCAAAUGAUGGAAGCAUACGGCCGGACUAUGUUGCAGGACCGGAAAACGGUGCGGAGGCUGCGCGCCGCGCUAGAUGAGCAUGCUUCUCCUACACCCAAAUCCAAGAUGGCUACUGCCUUCCCUAGAUUAGCGCCUCGCGAUAACGAACGGAAGUUUGAGAAAUUUAUUCGGGCUAUCCGGCAGUGUCACAAUUUAUCGGAUGCGCGACGCUUCAGAAGUGAGAUUUCCCGCCAGCUGAAGCGCGAAUCCCUGGUUGAGGGUCAGGACUUGGUUUAUAUCAGGCGUCUGGAGACUGGGAAGAGACUGUUAGAUCAAAAAGUAACCCAGCUGUCUGCGGGAACGGGAUCAGCUGGGCCAGCAGCUCGGCCAGGUCUGAGAAAGACUCUCACUACUUCUCGUCUGGAAAGCGCAUCACUUGUGGAAGUGUUACGCGACGCGGCUGGGUGCUCAUAUUUCAUGGAAUACAUGGACCGGCAACGCUUAAUGAGCCUUGUGCAAUUCUGGGUCGUGGUUGACGGCCUCCGAAACCCUUUAGAAGACGAUCUCUUGGAAUCUUCUGAUACCUCGAACAACCCCCAGAGCUGGUCUGAUACCGAUAGAAGUGACCUGGCCCUCAUUAAUGAGGGAUAUUUAUCCCGACCGGAGUUGAAGGUCCCCGACUAUACGAGAGAGGUCGUACGAAAAUUCCUUGCUGCUGGACGCCGUGCCACUCUUUCUCAGUACCAGGAUGCUCGUGGGGCUGUCCUUCGCGCGCAAACAGCAGUCCUUGAAGACAUGGAGCGUCGUCAUUUUCCAAAUUUCAGGAAGUCAGAUCUUUACUACAAAUAUCUGACAUCAGACGAAUCCUCAACCCCUCUAGCGAUUUCUACCCCCGCGCGUUUACCCAGUCCUCCACCUCGAACCUCAACGCGGAUGUCGGGAGCCAAGUAUUCAGCACUGGCCAAUGUCCCGCCCAGGAUGAAUAGCAAGGGCUCAGAGCUUCAACGCCAGGCACUCUCAUCAACAGAUUUAACAGCUAUCGCAAGGCUGUCGGAGGAGCUGGCUCCUCCGCGGCGUUCACUCGAAAGUACAGCUUCUUCGCCUCUAUUUGACGAUGAUUAUGACAAUGACCCUCUUGCUCGUUCAAGAAGCAGCUUCGAAAGAGAAGCGGGAACGAAAGAUUCAGGUGCUGGUGCCAAUGAAAAGGUGGUCGAAGCUAUGGAGGCUGCACUGAAUGACAUUAUGGAGCAGCGUCCAAGCUUGGAAGAUUCUCGCGGAUCUUUAUUUGAUCCUCCGCCAGCUAAUGCGCCUUUGUUUCAAGAUAACGAUAGCCUGGAUAGUGUAACCGUAGCACCUACUGGUCCGAGAAAAGACAAGAACAGACCAAACAUAUCCUCCUUAGGGCUUGUGAGCGAACCGUCACGAUUCGGGGUUUUCUCCGAGGAUGAUCUCUUUCCUGAGGAAGGCAAUUUUCUGUCAGACGAGUAUGAGGAGCCUGAGGAGUCUGAUAAUGAGAAAUCUUUGGAGGAAGAGAUCCAACAAGCUGCGCCAGGAGAUCUUGGCUUGACAGAGGCUAUCACUGCACUUUCCUCGGACAUUGAAAAGCUUACAUCUCAAGAUUCAAUCAUUGAUUCAUUGUUGCGCAAGGCUGAACUUACUAACAAUAAUGCUGAGCUGCGAAUUCUGCGGAAAUCAAGGGCCAGUUUGGAACGCGAGAUACAGCGCAAAACUCUUCAAAGGCAGCAGUACAUUGUUCAGGAAAGCGAUAAUAGUCUAUAUGGUCGCUCGGGCGUGGAAAUUAAAUCAGUGGUAGUUGGUACGGAUGACGAAGGGAAAGAAUAUGCUCUCUAUGUUAUUGAAGUUCAUCGCGAUGCUGGAGAAAAGAUGCCAGCAGCUACUUGGGCCAUUGCACGACGCUAUAGCGAGUUUCACAGCCUUCACCAAAGGCUCCGGGCAAAGUACCCUUCUGUUCGACAACUCGACUUCCCGAGACGGCGGGUGGUGAUGAAGCUACAGAGAGACUUCCUCCACAAGCGGCGGCUCUCUCUUCAGCAUUAUCUCAGAGAACUGCUGCAGUUGCCAGAUGUUUGCAGCAGCAGGGAUCUGCGGGCCUUCCUGUCACAGCAGGCGAUCAUUCCCACCGAUGGUGAAGGUCAAGAAGCUCAAAAGGGUGACAUUGUCACCAGAAUUUACAAUUCCGUUGCAGACGGCAUGGAAGACUUUCUUGGCAACAUACCAGUGCUAGAUCAGCUGUCACUUGCGGGCCAAAAUCUAGUCAGCGCCGCAACGACACAACUUAGUCAAACAAGUUCGGCAGUUUCCGGGGAUCCAGUUGCCGCCGAAGAAGCCGAGAAGGAAAUGAACGCCUUUGAGAAUCGAGAAAUCGUGCCAUUUGUCAAGCCUAUAUGCGACAUUUUUCUUGAGAUUUUUGAGCUCAAUAAAGGAAACAACUGGCUUCGUGGCCGCGCUGUGGUUGUUGUGCUUCAUCAGUUGCUUGGGGGAACUAUCGAAAAGAAAGUCCGAGAAAAUGUGCAGACACUUUUACAAGAAGAGGCAAUCCUCAGAUAUAUAAACCUGGUCAAGGAUACCAUGUGGCCUGGUGGGGAAAUGCGCAAGGGAAAUCAAGCUCGCUCUUCAGCAGAGAAGACGAGAAGCAAACUGGGAGCCAGUCUCAUGCUCGCAAGUUUAGUCCCCGAUCUUGCGGGAAACGUUGUGGGUCGGACGAAUGCGCAAGCAGCAAGUAGGAAAAUAUUUGCUACAUUAAAUAAUCACAGACUAAACACUCAUCUUGCGUUUACUUUGUUCGAUGAGAUUGUAAAGAUAAUUUUUGGUGACAUGAUGAGUCUCCGGUAAAGCGAUUGUAGACUAUUUGGCAUCAAUAAUGAUUUAUGAGAGCAUGAAUCUUGCAAAACUGGCGUUGGUUUGACAUUUGUCCAUUAAUCAAAUAUUAAUGCUAAUUCAAUCGAAGCAAAUAUCACGC